AUGCUUAUUUAAACAAAGGUGAAUUCCUUUUUAAGCUCUGGUAAUAAAUUUUCUAAAUUAAGAAUUCCUCAUUAGGAUAUUAGAGGGAAGGCAAUAAUAUUAAAUUUAUUUUAAAAUGCAUAUUAUAAUAAGGGUAUGCAAUAUUGAAUUAAUCUAGGUUUUAUUUGAAUUUAAAAUUAGAAAGGCCUAAAAUCAAAAUGAAGAAGAGAUGUUAAAAAUUUUAGCUAUUUUUAAAUUGAUUAUUGUUUUUAAAAUCAAUUUUGAUUAAGGGCAGCUUUUUUGUACCCUCAAUUAUAUUCAAUAUUGGUUUUAUCACUAAUUUCAAUUUUUGAUAUCUAAACUUUUUAUCACCUUUCACUUGAUAAUAUGA